AUGCGGUACACUGUCUCAUCCAUCGCGGUCAUGGCUGGUCUAGCCAGCGGGACUCUCGGAGCUCCUCUUGAAUCUCGCCAGUCUGGGUCUGCGUGCUUUGUCAUUGGCAACACAGCACUGCCAGCGGAGGUGGCAGAUGUUGUGACCUCCAUCCAGUCGGUCAUCACCUGCUCACGCACAGCGACCACCAUUGCCGGCGUGCCGGACGUGACCACCAACGGCCUCUCGUACUCGUCGAUCGACUUCUCCCAGUCAUCUCAAACUCCGCUUGAGUUCGCCUUGUCCGAGUUCGCCACGGCUGAACCGCUGGCCAGCACCGACCUGGCCAAGUUCACCGACGAGCUCAACCUCUACCUGGCCACCGAAGCCGGCAUCCGCUCUGUCGGUGGAAGCCUGGCGAUCAAAGUCCCCAAGUUCUUCCUCGAGUUCCAGGUCAGCCGUAUCCAAACGGCUCAGGGCAACCCUCCCACGGCCGCAGGCCUGCAGGUCGACCACUUGCGAGACAAGGUCUUGAAGAAUGCCGCAAGUGAGGACCAGAGCUUGCUGGAUCAGGUCACCGCGCUGGCCACGUCUCUCAGCUAA